AGCAUUUCCGGUUCGGGAGGCCCCAGAGCGGUUCCCAGCCGCCGGGAUGCACCGGCGGGGGGUGGGAGCGGGCGCCAUCGCCAAGAGGAAGCUGGCGGAGGCCAAAUACAAGGAGCGAGGGACAGUUCUGGCUGAAGACCAGCUGGCUCAGAUGUCUAAGCAACUGGACAUGUUUAAGACCAACUUAGAAGAGUUUGCCAGCAAACACAAGCAAGAGAUUCGUAAAAAUCCCCAGUUUCGGGUCCAGUUUCAGGACAUGUGUGCAACCAUUGGAGUGGAUCCAUUGGCAUCUGGUAAAGGAUUCUGGUCAGAGAUGCUGGGAGUUGGAGACUUCUACUAUGAGCUGGGUGUUCAGAUUAUUGAAGUUUGUCUGGCUCUGAAACACAGAAAUGGAGGUCUCAUAACCCUGGAGGAACUUCAUCAGCAAGUGCUGAAGGGAAGAGGGAAGUUUGCCCAGGAUGUCAGCCAGGAUGAUCUCCUCCGCGCAAUCAAGAAGCUGAAAGUUCUGGGCAGUGGCUUUGGGAUUAUUCCUGUCGGAGGGACAUAUCUGAUCCAGUCUGUACCAGCUGAACUGAACAUGGAUCACACAGUGGUUUUGCAGCUGGCCGAGAAAAAGGGGUAUGUAACUGUCAGUGAGAUCGAGUCCAGUUUAAAGUGGGAGAUGGAACGUGCCAAGCAUGUGCUGGAACACCUGCUGAAGGAAGGCAUGGCCUGGCUUGACACACAAGCUCCAGGGGAAUCUCAGUACUGGCUGCCGGCUCUCUUUACAGAACUUUACUCUCAGGAAAUCACUCCAGAGGAAGCAAAGGAGGCAAUACCCUGACUGUUAAGAGGAAAACAUGGAGCUGUACAUAUUCUCCCUGUGCUGUAUUACUUGAAGUAGGACAUUUAGCCUUAAAGUUUGUUUAAACAAAGUCCCUAGGUUUACCCAUUUAAUUGGUCAAAAUUAUACAUCUUUAAAUUUCCUUUGAAUUGUACCAACCUUUACCAGUGGUGUAACUUAAAGGGCUACUGUUCUAAACUAGAACACUGGAAGGAUGUAAAAGUGAUUCUACCUCCUUAAAAGGGUAAAUUCCAGUUUAAGCUUAUCAGCUGUGGAGACUAAACUGUUCCCACCAGCAUCCCUGCUCAAGUGUUUUAGAAAGCUCCUGUAAGCUCAAGUCACUUUCCCCAUGAAAAAUACAAUAGUCUAGAUUCUGCCAAAACAAACUUUAUUGCACAAAAAAAUCUUAUGUACAAUUGUAUAUAAACAAGGUGUUUUAUAGUGACUCUUGUGCAUAUAUUUUCAAAUCAUUAGGUCUAAAAUUCUGUCACUAAAACAGGUCUGCCUAGAGCAGUCAUUGAGGAUUGUCACUUUGAAAUGGAAACAUUCAGAAACAGCAGGACGGGUAACAGCGCUAUUAAACUAAUACGUUUACAGCCACAUGCUUUAGGUGAAUGGUGCCCACAGUAAGGCAUUGUGUGUGUGGAUGGUAAUGCCACAUGCAUCACAUACAUAUUUCUGAAUGAGAUCUGCCUUAUGAAGGCAGAGGCCAGCUCUAACCCAUUUUAAAGUGGGGAUACUAUUGAUUGAUGGAAACAGUGAAAUUUACAAGGGGAUUAAACAGAGGCAUCACAGUAGCACAGCUCGUGCCUUCUCAUACAGAUAUGCCUCCAUGAAACCUUAUAUCAAGGAAUAAACUGCUGUAUUUACUUCCA